UCCUCGCCGCGACGCCGGCCCCGGGGCCGCGCUGUUUUGUUUCACCCUCGCGUUGUGAAGUGAAGUGAAGUAAAAUGUCCACUAGGACCCCGUUGCCGACGGUGAAUGAACGGGACACUGAGAACCACACGUCACAUGGAGAUGGGCGGCAAGAAGUUACCUCUCGCUCUGGGCGCUCUGGAGCACGGUGUAGAAACUCUAUAGCUUCCUGUGCAGAUGAACAGCCUCACAUUGGAAACUACAGGCUGUUGAAAACUAUCGGCAAGGGGAAUUUUGCAAAAGUGAAGUUGGCAAGACACAUCCUUACAGGCAGAGAGGUUGCAAUAAAAAUAAUUGACAAAACUCAGUUGAAUCCAACAAGCCUACAAAAGCUCUUCAGAGAAGUGAGAAUAAUGAAGAUUUUAAAUCAUCCAAACAUAGAAGUGACAGGAGAUUUCUUCCCUUCUCCCAUUCCAGUGAAGUUAUUCGAAGUCAUUGAAACUGACAAAACACUCUACCUAAUCAUGGAGUAUGCAAGUGGAGGUGAAGUGUUUGACUAUUUGGUUGCCCAUGGAAGAAUGAAGGAAAAAGAAGCAAGAGCUAAAUUUAGACAGAUCGUGUCUGCAGUCCAGUACUGCCACCAAAAGCGGAUUGUUCACAGAGACCUCAAGGCUGAAAAUCUAUUGUUAGAUGCUGAUAUGAACAUUAAAAUAGCUGACUUUGGUUUUAGCAAUGAAUUUACUGUUGGCAGUAAACUGGAUACGUUUUGUGGCAGUCCUCCAUAUGCGGCCCCAGAGCUCUUCCAGGGCAAGAAAUACGACGGGCCGGAAGUGGACGUGUGGAGCCUCGGCGUCAUUCUUUACACUCUAGUCAGCGGGUCGCUCCCCUUUGAUGGGCAGAACCUAAAGGAACUGAGAGAGCGAGUAUUAAGAGGGAAAUACAGAAUCCCUUUCUACAUGUCCACAGACUGUGAAAACCUUCUCAAACGUUUCCUGGUGCUAAAUCCAAUAAAACGAGGCACUCUAGAGCAAAUCAUGAAGGACAGGUGGAUCAAUGCAGGGCAUGAGGAUGAUGAGCUGAAACCAUUUGUUGAACCAGAACUGGACAUCUCAGACCAGAAAAGAAUAGAUAUUAUGGUGGGAAUGGGAUAUACACAAGAAGAAAUUCAAGAAUCUCUUAGUAAGAUGAAAUAUGAUGAAAUCACAGCUACAUAUUUAUUGUUGGGGAGAAAAUCUUCAGAGCUGGAUGCUAGUGAUUCCAGUUCUAGCAGCAAUCUUUCACUUGCUAAGGUUAGGCCAAGCAGUGACCUCAACAACAGUACUGGCCAGUCUCCUCACCACAAAGUGCAGAGAAGUGUCUCUUCAAGCCAGAAGCAGAGGCGUUACAGUGACCACGCUGGACCAGCUAUUCCUUCAGUUGUGGCAUAUCCAAAAAGGAGUCAGACCAGCACUACAGACAGUGACCUCAAAGAAGACGGAGUUCCCUCCCGGAAACCAGGCGCCAGUGUUGUUGGAGGAAAGGGGAUUGCUCCAGCCAGUCCCAUGCUUGGGAAUGCAAGUAACCCCAACAAGGCGGAUAUCCCUGAACGGAAGAAGAGCUCCACUGUCCCUAGUAGUAAUACGGCAUCUGGUGGAAUGACGCGACGGAAUACUUACGUUUGCAGUGAAAGAACCACAGCUGAUAGACAUUCAGUAAUUCAGAAUGGCAAAGAAAACAGCACCGUUCCUGACCAGAGAGCUCCAGUUGCUUCAACACACAGUAUUAGCAGCACCACCACCCCAGAUCGAACCCGAUUCCCAAGAGGCACUGCCAGCCGUAGCACUUUCCACGGUCAGCCCCGGGAGCGGCGCACUGCCACGUACAACGGCCCACCUGCCUCACCCAGCCUGUCCCAUGAAGCCACACCGUUGUCGCAGACUCGAAGCCGAGGCUCCACUAAUCUUUUUAGUAAAUUAACUUCCAAACUCACAAGGAGGGUCAUGGAGGAGCAUGCACCUCUUGCAGCUUAAAUCUUGACAUUCUUCUCUCUGUCGGCCUAAGGUAUAAUGAAAACAGAUAGCAUUCUUAUAUUGUGUAGUUUUGGAGAUAAAAUCCCUGCUUUAUUCCCAGGAAGAAGCUAGUAUCUGGUGAUGUAUAAAAUCUUUUGUUUGUCCCGUUGACUGUCAGCUGGGGCCUUGGGAAAUCUCUAAGGUACUUUACUUGCAGAAUCUGGUCUAGAGGUUGCUAAGCCUAGAAUCAUUGGCUGCUACAAGAGGAAAGAGACAAGGUACCACUGUACACUGUUAGCAAGUAAGCGAAGGCCUCUUUAGUCAGGACCACUCGCAGGAAGCCUCCAAGCCCCUGCAGUUCCGGGGCACCUGGAGGAAGUUCUUUGUACUUGAGCCUCUCUGUGCAGUAGUCUCUUCUCCAGGUGUUCUGCAGAUGUGCCUCUUAGAGACCCUCACAGGACAGUGAUGGGGCCUUCCCAGAGUCUGGAAGGAUAGAUGCCCUCCUCACUCCUCCUCAUUUCUCCGCACUCCCUGUGGUGCAUUAUCCUGCUGAUGUGUUCCAUUCCAUCUGUGUUACUUAACUGUAAGCUGGGUAUCACUUGGCAGUCUCCUUAAUGCCUCCAGUAAUGUUAUUUUAAAUCAGCCAUCUAAAACUUAGACAAAACAGGACUUCCCUGCCAGUCCAGUGAUUUAAGACUUCACCUUCCAAUGCAGGGGGUGAGAGGUCAAUCCCUGGUUGGGGAACUAAGACCCCACAUGCCUCAGGGCCAAAAACACAAAUUGUGAGACAAAAACAUAGUAACAAAUUCAGUGAAGACUUUAAAAAUGGUCCACAUCAAAAAUAAUUCAGACAAGUCACAUUAAGCUAUCUUUUCCCAGAUUAUCUCUUCAUUGUCAGGAUGUUGAAUACCAGAUUAAGGAGGACUUCUGAUACCCACUGGCAAUUGACUAGAGAUCAGAGGAGUAAAAAGUUUCUGGUCUACCCUCCUCUUCUCUUCUUAGCCCUUUUGCUGAGACCUCCCAUUCCAGGAUGGGCUAAAGAGCAGAGUGGUCCAAGGAGCCUUGCCAGAUUCGGGUCACCCAUUUAUGACCACAGGAGAGACAGUGAGUUCAACCCAAGGAGAGUCUGAUGACCCCAGAAUAAUGCAUUGCCUCCUUUCAGGGUCAUUCCAGGGGCUCUCCCAAGCCUCCCUGUGCCUUAGCUCAUUCCUUGGAGACUAGGCUGCUUAGUAUCAACUGGUAUUUUGCCUUCUGGUCCCUGAGCGCGGAGGCGGGGUGUGGCAGUCAGCUCUGUCUAAGCUCCUGUCACAGGAUGAGCAGCUUUGUGUCCUUGGGCUUUGGUCUCAGAUGGGCUCUUUAAAUAAAGCCUUGCACAUCAUUAAAAUCCUUGCAUUUAUUUGUCUCCUUUGUGUUCUUUUUCUUUUGUCUUCUGAAUUCUAUCACUGAUAAAAGUAGUAUCAGCCACAAUACAUCAAAUGCUUACUAUGUGCUAACAAAUAGAUGUCUGUACAUUUAUCGAUAUGGAGAUACUUGUUUUAUAUACCUAUGUAUGCAUACAUACAUUCUCCCUCACACACACAUUGAAUCUCCACAGUCUACCCUGUGGAGUGUACAUUAUCCCAGUUCUAUAGAAGAAACUGGAGAUAAGAUUCAGAGAGAAUAAGGCACGUGUUCAAGAUCCAAUGGGAGAAGAGUGCUGAGUCAGGUCCAUGGUUCUAGGAGGGGCCCUUGAUCCCCACUACAUAGUGUCCCUAAUUGUUUAUUUUAUGUAUUUGAAUUGAAAUUGAAGGCUGGGGUUCCUUGUUAAAAGUAUCCUAGAGAGGGUCAUCUUCCCCGAGGAUUUCUCAGGAAGUCCUCUCUCUGUGAGUUUGCGAGCAGUCCUGUGGCCUGCCACGGCGCUGUGCUUCUGUUGCUGCCAGUUCACUCUUAAAGGCAGGCGGAGUCCUUGCUGCUCCAGCAGCAUCUUCUUAGCCUCCCCUAGUUAUGGUGCUGAUCAAAGCGAAUGCCCAGAAGGCUCAGGUGUUGGCACUUGAGUGCCGCAGGGGAGACCUGCCGGGAUGUGGCAGAACGAGGACUGGUGUCCGAGCUCGCCGCCUGCGCCUGGCUGCGCUGGGUGGCGUGAGCACUU